CCGCUAUUUUGUAACACGACCUGUAGCAAAGUAGUUAGCAAAGCUAACACUAGCGGGCUAACAUCGCUUCAUCCAAAACGACAUGCUGGCUGAAAUCUUGCACGGAAAAGGCUCUAAACUCACCCAGUGAAACCACAGGCUGUUCAGAUGUCAGAGCCUAAGCCCCCUACUCCAAUCCCUGGAGACACAUACAAGGGUUGGCUCUUCAAGUGGACUAACUACAUAAAAGGUUACCAGCGACGCUGGUUUGUUCUGAGCAAUGGACUGUUGUCAUAUUAUAGGACCCAGGCAGAGAUGGGUCACACAUGCCGAGGCACCAUCAACUUGGCCACAGCCAAUAUUACUGUGGAGGACUCGUGCAAUUUUGUCAUUUCCAACGGUGGGGCACAGACGUACCACCUGAAGGCCAGCUCAGAAGUAGAGCGCCAGCGAUGGAUCACUGCGCUGGAGCUCGCCAAGGCAAAGGCCGUCCGUAUGCAGUUAGAAUCUGAUGACUCAGGGGAUGAUUGUCCUGCAGUGCCCCCCACCUCAGGACAGGGGGGAGGCUGCCGUAACUCAGAAAUCCAGUCCACACUACGGACACUGAGCAGCAAGGUGGAGGACCUCACCACCUGCAAUGAUCUCAUUGUCAAGCAUGGGUCUGCCCUCCAAAGGUCUUUGUCAGAACUGGAGGGGAUUCGUGUCGGAGGGGACAUGGGGGAAAAAAUCAGACAAGUUACAGAGAGGGCCACACUGUUCCGAAUCACCUCUAACGCCAUGAUCAAUGCAUGUAGAGACUUCCUCUCCCUGGCCCAGAACCACAGUAAGCGCUGGCAGAAGGCCUUACAGACUGAAAGAGACCAGAGGAUACGGCUGGAGGAGACUUUAGAGCAGCUGGCUAAACAGCACAAUCACUUGGAAAGAGCUUUCAGGGGAGCGACAGUUCUCCCCCCUUCAUUCAGCAAUCCUGCCUUAGGUAACAAAGCUGGUGUUUCAGGAAAAGGUGAUGCCAGUGACGAGGAUGAUGACAAUGAGUUCUUUGAUGCUAUGGAAGACCCAGCAGAGUUUAUUACUGUCCCUGCUGACCCCAAGUAUCACAGGAGAUCUGGCAGCAACGUUAGUGGGAUCAGCAGCGAGAUUGGAAUGGACGAUCAGUCGGUAAAUUUUGAUGAACUGUCUUUGGCAUCCAAUCCGGAGUCUCCCCAGCCCCUUGAGCUGGAGCCAGUUAGACAAAGACGGACUCGUAUCCCUGACAAGCCCAACUAUUACCUCAAUCUGUGGAGCAUCAUGAAGAACUGUAUUGGAAAGGAGCUUUCAAAGAUACCAAUGCCUGUGAAUUUCAACGAACCCAUCUCAAUGCUGCAGCGUCUAUCUGAAGACCUGGAGUACUACGAGCUGCUGGAUAAGGCUGCUAAAUGUCAGAGUUCUCUAGAGCAGAUGUGUUAUGUUGCCGCUUUCACAGUCUCUUCCUACUCCACGACCGUCCACCGCACAGGGAAACCCUUCAAUCCUCUGCUGGGAGAAACCUUUGAGCUUGAUCGACUCAGAGAGUGUGGAUACCGCUCCCUGUGUGAACAGGUGAGUCACCACCCACCUGCCGCAGCUCACCACGCUCUCUCUGAAAAGGGCUGGACCCUCAGACAGGAAAUUACGCUAGCCAGCAAAUUUAGAGGAAAAUAUCUCUCUAUCAUGCCCUUGGGUUCUAUCCAGUGUCUAUUUGAUAAGAGCAACAAUCACUACUCUUGGAAAAAAGUUACUACAACAGUACACAACAUUAUUGUGGGGAAAUUAUGGAUUGAUCAGUCAGGGGAGAUAGAUGUGGUGAACCACAGGACAGGAGAUCGCUGCCACCUCAAGUUUGCUCCCUACAGCUACUUCUCCAGAGAUGUACCAAGAAAGGUAACAGGGGUCGUAACAGAUAAGGAUGGAAAGGCCCAUUACGUGCUGUCGGGAACAUGGGAUGAGAAGAUGGAGUUUUCCAGGGUAAUGCAGAGCAGCAAAGGCGAGAACGGCACUGAAGGCAAACAGAGGACCGUCUAUCAGACCCUCAAAGCCAAAGAAAUCUGGAGAAAGAACCCUUUGCCAGAGGGAGCAGAGAACAUGUACUACUUCUCCUCACUGGCCUUGAGUCUCAAUGAACCUGAAGAGGGAGUGGCGCCAACAGACAGUCGAAGACGCCCUGACCAGCGAUUAAUGGAGGAUGGCCGUUGGGAUGAGGCUAACGCAGAGAAACAGAGGCUAGAAGAAAAACAGCGCACGGCCCGUCGAGAAAGGGAGAGGGAAGCCGUUAAAGCAGCCAGCCCGCCAGACGAAGCUGUCACUGAGGAUUCAAUCAAUGACUCACCCUUGAAAACUGAUGCACAGGAGACUGGCACAGAAGCAAGUGAGGUUUCUGAUGAAAGCGCCCAUCAAGACAACCACCAUGCACUGUGGUUCGAGAAGCUAGACGACCCCGUAUCCGGAGAGACCUUGCAUGUCUACAAGGGGGGUUACUGGGAGGCAAAGGACCAAGGCAGCUGGGACAUGUGCCCUGACAUCUUCUGAACACAGCGGAAUCAGCCUGUUUCCCUCAGUAGUGUGCAAAUGAGAAGAUGGUAAGAGGUGGUCUACCUUACAUCAGCUAAAGUGGGGAAUCAAGCCUGACGUCAACCCAUCUUCAAUGUCUGUAGCUUCAACUGAUCACCCCCCCCCCCAGCUCCCCUCUAUUCCAGCAGAGAUUUGCUCAGGAUCAAGGGCAUGUGGAUUUCACCCUCAACGUAGUAACAUUGCAUCAGGUUGGUGUUCAGAAUCCCCUCUCACUGCCCUGUCAAACACUUUAUCUAGGUCUUGGUCUGCUACUUGGUCUCAGUCCAGGGACCUGUUGUACAGCCUUUGAGUUGCAUUUGGCAGUCGGUUAUUCUGUUAAUGCCACUAUGCAUUUUCUUUGGAAGCACUAUUGUCAGAGGCAAGAUUCAUCCCGAUGACAUCUUAUAAUAUAUUAGGUUUGCUUAGACAGAGUGAGCCACUACCUAACAUGUAAUUUAUGUGUUUGUGUUUGUUGUGCACUCCUUAUGUUUAUUAAUUUCACACUAAAUUUAUUGCAGCUUCCCCAGAACAGCACCACUGCAAGUCAAAGUCUAAAUAUACCCAACAUUUUCAGUAGUUCACACAGUAAAUAUUCACUACACCAGUUUCAGACCACAUCAAAUGCAAAAAUAGAAAGGCGUCAGUGAUACUGACAAAAGUGAGUUCAACAGGUUUUUUUUUUUUUUUUUCUUAAGGAAUUAAUUACUAGUAUAUUUAAGCAAUUACUUUAAAUGUGAAGUGUCACAAACACCAACAUGAUACAGAGUUUGCCUUUGAAUUUAUGGUGAAUUGCGGUGCUACUUUAUUAACUGAAGUGAAACAACAAGUCUAGAGGUAUAUUAUAUCUACAUAUUAGCCUUCUUUUUUUUUUUUUAGUUUUUGCAGUCAACUAGGCUAUUUCAAAAUAUGUUGGUGAUAAUAAAGGGCAGUGGUGUAGACCUGUAAAAGUAGUUCAUUAUGAUUAUGCCACUCCUCUUCCUGUAAUACUCACUCUUGAAGCAUAACAUUUCCUUUGUCUUUGAGGAAAAAUAAUGGUAAACUGAAGUAGUGGUACCAACACAAAUUUGUAUUGGUACCGAUGAAAAUAUGAAAUACAAAAAUAUGAAUGGCAUUCUUGCAAACGACGAGGGAGGAAACAUUUGAACGUCAGCAGUUCAUUUUAAAGACUGUAGCUGUUGACCAUCUAAUUGAAAGCAGGAUCCAGGCCAUAUUGUCUGAUGCAGUGUGUUAGAUUUACUUUAAUCCUUAUGUCUAAGAUAAAGUGUGUUAGCAAGUCUGCCCUGCUCCUCCACCCAAGUACAUGAAUUUCAGACUUGUAUUUUCACACCUAAAGUUUGUAAUACUUGGAUCAACGAUUUCAACGCUGCUUUCAAAGUAAGGGCUCACAGGACAACGGUUGUUUUGUGAGCCUCUGUUUAGUUGUGACUAAAUUUAGAGCAGCAGGGCUGCACUCUAAGUUGUCACUGAGCUGUGCGCGGAUUUCUUCCAGCUUGAUGAUUAGUUAAGUGAUGUGAAAUGAGGCAAGUGCUUUUGUCUUCCCGGUUUCCUUCAAACUUAUUGACCAUAGCUUUAAUUUUGAAGUAGGAUAUUUUUGUCUUUGUGUUUUGUGACUGUAGAUUUUUAACUGACAGCAAUAAGAGUGCCUCAGUGCGUAUACGUGUGGCACAAAAUGUGAUAUGAGGGCAGUGUGAGGCAAGACGGCUAAAACUCUCUGUUUGUUGUCUGUCAUUUGAGUGGAAGAAGGACUGUGGCUGAUGGAAUUGUUCAUUUCAUUUUAAUAUUUAAGUGUACUUAAAAGGAUAACACUGAAAAUGAAGAUCACAAAACAUAUUGUUGCAAAUAUUUCUGUUUUAAAUAUAUUAAAUAGUAAAGUAAUUGUGAUUUUAACUUGUUAUGUUGAUAGACAACCUAGGGGCAGUGAUGCAGUUUUAAUUUUUUUUUUUUUUCUUUGUCAUUUUUAUUUACUCAGAUCUGGAAAUAUUUUCAUUGUCUGAAGUGAGUGUACCAUGUUACCAUAAGUCACCCUUCACAGACUAGGAAAGCUUUAUAUUUUAAAUUAUAAUCCUUUGUUUUUGAUCUACACUGUUCCUUCCUACCGUCAACUUUUGCUUUGUACAUCAUUUAAACAGAUAUCUCGAUACUAGAUUACAUCUCUUCAAGUACGGAAUGAGUUUACAGGUUUCUUUCUGUCCUCUCUGUCCUUUUUAAUACAAUAUAAUCUUGAUUUUUAUCCACUGGUCUUAAUUGUCUAGCCCAAGCAUUACUUCUUUGUUUUUAACUGUUUCUUAAGUUUAUACUUUUUUUUCAUCUCUCUUAUUGUUUAAGCUAUGGUUUUUUUUUUCCCUGCACAAAAUGAGACUGAAGGUAUUAUUGCACUUUAGUACAGUACAUCAGUGAUUUAAUUUGCCCUUGAUUUUGACUGAUUAACGGUCAGCUUUUGAUGUCCGCUACUGAAGACUUUGUCACUUUGUGAGUUUGUUUUGGAAACUAUUCCUAAACCAUGUUCAGUAAUUGCAAACAUAUGUACAUAAGUAAAAAAUAUACAUAUGUAUCACUUUCAGUCUGAGCAUACUUUUCCCCUUUUCUGUCAAUUAAUUGUUUUUUAAGCAAGAUUGUAUUAGAGGUUGACAAUAUUAAAGUCUGUAUGGACAUGAAGUGCA